AUGACCACUGGGAACUACACCUGUACUGUAGCUAAUGACUUGGGGUCUACCUCCAUGGAUAUCAUUGUGGAUAGUGAGUGUGAAGCUGACAGUUUCACAGCUGAGGCAGGAGAGAGACAAGUGACCUUCUCCUGGUGUCCUCCUGACGACUCCAACUGCACCACCCACACCCUGUUCUUCAACAUCUCCUGCUACCCCCCUCCCUCCUCUCCCUCUUCCCCUCUGCUCAUCUCAGAGCCAGGGACAACGACCCUAGACGGAUUUUCCCCCAACACUGAAUACAACUGCUCAAUACACACUCAGUCACAUUAUACUGUCUCCUUCACAACUAAAGAAGAUUGUAAGUCUUUUACCGAGUUUCAGGUUAGGAGUAAAGAAAAGAUUCUGCAGAUGGUAACUGACUUGGUUGUGGAGCAACUGCAGAAAAUCUGCUCAGAGUGUGACAGUGCAAACAUAGACCGAGAGGAAAUUGAGUGCACUGACCAGUCACCACCUACCAUAACCUACCGAGCAAGGCUGGGAGGGACACACGCAAAUGACAGUGACGAUCUCGUGGCUGAGUUAGAGAAAUGGGCAGGAGAGGGACAACAUCUGUCUCUAAACGAUGAACCAGAUUCACCAGAGUCCAUGGAGCUGGUGGGGGUGGCUGCUGGGGUUUCUGCAGGUCUCAUCUCUCUAGUGGCAACCAUGGGAGCCUUCCUGGCUGUAUGGAGGUCGAGAAGAUCUGUCCGCGAGACUAAACAGGCUCAAGAACUAGGUAUGGAGGAGUUACCUCGACCAGAGAGGGCACCAGAUGAACUGAAGGAAACAGAGAGAGACUACUCUUAUGUCACUGUGGAGAGAAAUGAAGGGGCAGAAGACGGAGUAAACAGUGGCAGUCCGAGAGACGGCUCUCCCACUAUCGACACCAGAGGGAACACUGCAUACCUACCAGUGGCCCCAAGGGAUGGGAGAGACCGCCAGUACGUCGAGAUGCCAAGUCGACAAAAACCAGAACCCCAACCGUCAGCUGGUAGGAGACUGCCUCUCACUGGGAUCACCACUACUCCCAACGCUGCCUACUUCGAGAUAUCGGUGGACAGUCUGCAGUAUAGUGCAACUCUUCCAUCGCGACCAAUGGAUCCCCUCUACGAGAGUGUGGGCGACUUUACACUGUGGAAAGACAGAGCCAAGAGAGGUGUUCAACAACUCCUUAAAUCACUUCCUCGUUAUGCAGCUCCACAAGCUAAUAAUAAGCCACCUCAUCUACCUCCUAGUCAUCCGAGUCGGUCGCAGUCCCUCCCCCGAGGCAAUGUAGCUCCACCCACUGCCAAAGAGGCUCCGCCCACCACAAAAGAGGCUCCGCCCGACCCGGAGGACUCACCAAUGAGGAACCGCCCCCCUGCCCCUCUACCUGAGGAGGCCAGAGAGUCAGAUGAAGAUGACGAUGAUUACGUUUAUGAGAGAGUUGUAAACAAUGACUAAACAAGUUCACAAAAGUAACUAUUUACUUACACUAUGUACUUAUUCUUCACUGUACACAUUGUCACACAUCCACUGCAAACAAUUGUUGUAUAUAUUCUCCCUCACUGGGAAAUCAUUAUUAUUUGAUCUCACAAUGCAUUGGUGACACGUCCUCACGUGUCCAGAAACACACCAUUUUUACAUGCCCUCUAGGCAUUAGCUGUUUUUGCACAAGAAUACCAAUUUCAUUGCAAUCUUAUUGCACCAAAACGUGCACCUCAGCAAUAAUGUUACCCCACACCGACCGCAUGUACACAAAUCUAAGAUAUUACAAUAGCAUGC